CAAACAAACAACAUGCACUCCUGCAGCAAUAAGACACUUGGCUCUUCUCUUCCACCCUCUUCAAAGGACGAUAAACCGAAUUUGCGACGCUGCCCGUCAACGUUGAGCAUUUGAAACCAACAGACGACUUGAUGCAGAGCUUGAAGCAAACAAGAGUCAUGUGUUGAGUCAUCUGCAGACCGGCAAAGCGGCGCGUAAUUCCUCCGUCGUCGUGCCUCGGAGAAAGGACACAAGCUUGGGUCUCGGCUACUGCGCACAUCGAUCAUCAGCGAUCAGCUCCAGAAGCCGAACUCUCCAGCUCAUCGAUCCGCCUCGACCUCCAGGGUGGAGUAAGAGUGCGCAGAAAGAUGCGCAUCCGUGCUUUUCUUUAGUGCCGUCUCAGACCAAACAAGUGUCGAGUCGGUAAUCAUUCGAUAAAUGAGCGAUGCCAGGGGUGACCAAGUACAAUUUGGUGGACGACUCCCUCGAUUUGAGGAUCCCCAUGCAUAACGAGGAGGUGUUCCAGCAUGGAGUCAGCUUCGAGGCGAAGUACAUUGGCAGCUUGGAAGUGGGCCGUCCUGGCAGCCGCAUGGAAAUAGUUGCUGCGAUGAGAAGAAUCAGAUACGAAUUCAAGCUGAAGAACGUCAAGAAAAAGAAGGUCAACAUUGUUGUCUCCACAGACUUUGUCAAAGUCAUACUAAGAAAAAAGAAGCGAAAAGGCUGGUCUUGGGAUGAGAGUACAAUCUUGGUGACGCAGGAUCCCAUAUUCAGGAUUUUUUAUGUUUCACAUGAUGCGCAAGACCUAAAGAUCUUCAGUUACAUCGCAAGAGAUGGAGAAAGCAAUAGCUUCCGCUGCAAUGUCUUCAAGUCCAAGAGGAAGUCUCAGGCCAUGCGGAUUGUGCGGACAGUAGGUCAAGCGUUUGACGUGUGUCACCAGUUGACCUUGCAGACUCAAACAGAUGACCAGGAGGAUGACGAGGGGAAGGAGGAGGAGCCUGAUGCCACGCCAGCCAACAAGAGGUUUGCAUUGUCAGAGGAGACCGACCUUGAAGCCACAACAGAGGAGAGUAUCGAGUGCAACACUUCAUCAGACCCGGAGAGGAACAAAAAGGUCCUUGGUAAUAAUGGCAAGGGCUCCAAAGUUGGCUCUCUUCUCCUCAACUCUCCGGCCAGGAAAGUUUCUGGAGCGGGCGAGCCGGCUGCAGAUGCGCCGUGCGGUUCAGAACACCAGCUACAACUGUUGCAGAAACAGUUACAGCAGCAGGAGCAACAGGCACUGGCGGCUUCGGCUCAGGUGCAUGUGCUUCGGGGCCAGCUGAAUGUGGAGGUUUGUGCUCGAAGCGAGGCCCAGACGAGAGUUCAGAGGCUGCUGCAGCAGAACACCGAUUUGCUGCAGCACAUUUCCCUUCUGGUCAAACAGAUCCAGGAACUGGAGCUCAAAGCUGCUGGACAUUUAACAUCUAUGGGCUCCCAGGACAGUCUUCUGGAGAUCACUUUUCGGGCACGACCCCCCAGCACGCCCAGCGAGCCACUCACACCAUCUCCCUCGACAGGCCCCUUAGCUUCUGUAUCCCAGCAGCAGAUCAGCGACGGCGCUUGGCUCCCCUUCCUCCCGGGGUCCUGCCCCUCAAGCACCGCAGGUGCAGAAAGCAACCUCGGUGGCAACGUAGUCCGUCUGGAGUGUUUCCGGUUUUCCUCGCGAGGUCCCGACGGCCAGGAGCAAGGGCGAGGGACGGGUGGGACGGGCGACACGCCCAGCGACGAGGCUCCCGAUGACAGCUCGCCGAUGGGCGAGCAGGUGCUGGGGGCUCUGGAGCUGCUACGGUUUAGGGAGUCGGGAAUCGGAUCGGAGUAUGAAUCCAACACGGAUGAAAGUGAUGAUCGGGACAGUUGGGGGCACGGGGAGGGGGCCGGACUGGACGCUGCCGCUCGACUUUUCCAUGUGUUGAAUACAGAGAGUUUGCCCGACUGUUUAGGGGAUGAGAUGGCUGUGUAGAUGGGGAGGCACCAACACCGCACUCACGCGUCGUCCUGCAGAUGUGAAAGUCAUAAUAAACUGCAUCGCUCAAUUUUCAGACAGGUUCGGUCCAGCCAGCCGGUCGGCGCUCCUUGCACUUGAUGCUGAAAGUCCAAUUCUGACGUUUCACAGUUGGUGAAGCGGAAAGAUGGCAUUGCUUUUAGUGACUAACAAAAUGUCUGAAAUUGUGAACGUGAUGGCAAAUCAGGCUUGAAAUCACAUUUCUAACACAUGCAUGAUGAAUAAUAAAUGUAGUAGCAAGAACGAUAAUGUCCAAACCUCGGCAAAAAUG